CUGGCCAGAGCCUGUCCUGCUGAGCACCCUCCGGCCCACCUCCAAGAAGAACUCACUGAGUUUGGUUUGGCAGGAAGAUCGGUGUCAGUUUUCUACUUGGCAGCCAGGAAACCUGGGCUCCCAGCAAAGCGGAUCCCUGGAUCCCCUGACAACCCACAGUUAGGCAGAGGGGUGGAGCCCGAGCUAGUCCAAAGACUUGGAGACAUCUCAGUCUCGCCUGGGAAGCGUUUCCCCAAGGCUGUACCUGUGGAGGGUAUUUGCGGGUGCUUUCUACGUGGCAGGAGCUGUGUGCAUUAGCUCUUUUAGGCUUAGGCUCUGCUCUGCGAGUGUGAUACACGUUGCCGUGCCCUUUUUAUGGGACAGACGUCGGAGGAGGCUACAUUCAUUUCUCCAGUGGACCCAACUACUGUGAAUAUUCCUAUCCUGACAGAAGUCCCAGACACGGUCCAACCAGAACUCCAGCCCACCCCUCAGACCUCAAUCCAGCAUGCUGAUGAAACAACACAAAACCAGACUGAGACCCAGACCCAACAACCGACGGGAAUGGAUGAGCUUCUAACGACAGAUCCAGGGACCCACAAGAGCGGAAAGCAAGACACCACGACGCUCUCCGAGAGACGAUCCCCAAGCAAAGACUCCAGGAUGUACCCCCAGACCCCCAGGCCACCUGGUUUGGGUGAGGACAACCCCUUCUUCUAUGAUGAACACACUCUCCGGAAACGGGGGCUAUUGGUCGCAGCUGUGCUGUUUAUCACAGGCAUUGUCAUCCUCACCAGUGGCAAGUGCAGGCAUUUGUCCCAACUAUGCCGGAAUUAUCGCAGGUGAGUCUAUCAGAAGUGGGGGCCAACAACUCGAAGGGCACCCCAAGACCAAGCCCCUCGCCAGCUCACCACGCCCAGCCUUCUGCCUCCCCUUGAUGAGCCUACAGAAUGGUCAGUAUAAGAAGCCCAGCCUGAGAGGGAAGACACAGAUGGAUGGAGCUGGAGCUGGAGCUGGGGCCGGUGGCUCAAGCCCCCUACCUUCCCAGCCCUGCCUGCUGUUGCAGGCUGCCCGGCUCCCCAGGCACUGCCACUCGAGUUGCCCACUCUGUUCAGUCAAAAAGUAAAAGUAAAGCAAUGUGGUCCUUGC